CACACGGCUGCAGCCGGCGCCGCUGCCACUCCCGGGAGCAUGAAGGACCGAACCCAGGAGCUCCGCACGGCCAAGGACAGCGAUGAUGAUGACGAUGUCACUGUCACCGUGGACCGAGAUGGCUUCAUGGAUGAGUUCUUUGAACAGGUGGAGGAGAUCCGUGGCUUCAUUGACAAGAUCUCGGAGAACGUGGAGGAGGUGAAGAGGAAGCACAGUGCCAUCCUGGCCUCCCCCAACCCUGACGAGAGUGAGUGUGGAGGACUGAGGGGCGGGUUUGGGGCCUCCAGGAAGGCGCUGCUGCCCGGGAGGGGCUCCCGGAACCCCAGCACCCUCACCGUUGGUCGGCAGAGGGGUACCUUGGCGUGGCCGGGACGGGGAGGGCCCCUGUGGAAAGCUUCGGGAAACACAGUUGGCCCAGGCGUGGGGCGGGGUUCACCGCCCCGGGUCCUACGCGGACUUGUGCGGAGUGGGGCGGCCAUCCUGGGGCCUGGGUGGCAUCGGGCGCCAGCCCCACCCUCUCCAGGUAAGCUGGGUAGGUGGAUGCUGCCCAGCUCCAAAGGAAGCCUGCCCGCCCAGCCCCUCCCCUUCCCGAGCCUCCCGGGGGAGCAGAUGGCGGUGCCGAGGCUCAGCGCCGUGGGAGGGCAAGCCGGCCGAGCGGGAGGAGCUUCCGGAAAGAGCUGGCAGCCACUGGUACCCCGGGGCUGGGCAUUAUCAGGAUUCCAGGAAGUCACCUUUCUCCCUCUGCACAAGGAGCCUCUGUGUGUCUGCAUUCCGCUCUGUCCCCAGACAGGUCCUCCUGACCCUGCCGUCACAGUUGCUGGGGAGGUGCUGAUCGCUGCACUGCCCUGUGUGGGGCUGGCGGCAUGCGGGCCCCAGAUUCCUUCCCCUCGGCCCCAGGGAGUCCGCGACAGGGCUGGAGUCCUGGCCCGCGACCUGGACAGUUGACUGUGCAUAUAUGCACACAGCUUCUGUCUGCUCAUCUCCUCCCUCACCUCUCCAGCCCUUUUGGGAGGCACCAGCCCACGGGGCCCCAAGAAUGCAAAGGGGAGGCUCCCAUCCCUGGGUGGGCCAGGCGAAGUGUCAGGGCUGGGUUUCUGUGUCCUCGACAGCAGUGCGUCUCCAUCCAUAGGCCCUCAGCCCUGGUUCCACUGGUGUCCUCAAGCGCCCAGAAGACAUCUCUCCACAGCCCCAAAGAGUGCUUGAACGUGAGACCAGUGCCAGGCCCUUGGGAAGCAAAAUGAGUCCGCUGGGAGCCAGGAGACUGUGCUGGGGAUGGGUGGGAAGGAGAGAGGGGUCACCCGGGGCAGGGCACACAUUCGGUGUGGCCGUCAUGCAUUGGCCCUCUCCCCAGCGGUUUGUCUGGGAAGGCAGCUGUGACAUGGUGGGUUUUAGUGCGCAUGUGUGUCUGAGUCCGUGUGUGCCCCCGUGUGGGCCCCUCCUGAUGAGAGAGGGGGCUGCCUGUGAGAACAGAGUACUUGAAAGAGCUGGGGCAUUGGCCUGUCACCCGCUGGAAGACGGGGAGAGUGUGGGGCAACGGAGAUGCCAGUCCGUUUCUCUUGGCUCCCCUGUGCCACCUUCCACACAAGGUCUCCUCGAGUCCUACAGUUGGUAGCGACCCGCUAGGAAUUGCCACCGUGAGCUGAGCAGUCAGGACCAGCCAGCGGUCACUGAUGUGGGCUCACGGGCCAUUCCUCGUGAGGAGGCGACUCCUUCUAGGGCAGAGGGCGCCGUUAACAAGGAGUGACUGGGAAAGAUGGCAGUGAGCGCGGGGCUUGCCCAGGCCGAGGCUUGCUCGGUCUCCCCUGGGCGCGGCCAUCCGGGCCGGGCUAUUUUGGGUCUGAGCAAAAGCGGCUGAGACGUCAGAGCAGCUGGUAACUAAGUUUCCUUUGUUUGAACGAACGAGGCGCCCUCCUCCGCUCCUCGAAGCCCCCCACCUCAUGAUCCACUUGGUAGGCACCCCCCCAUCAACCGCUAUAAGCCCCUCCCAACCUCUUACAGGAGAGGCCCCAGCCCCAGAGGAAAACAGACGGUGGAUAAGAAAGGCUCGGCCAGGAGCUCAGUCCUGGUUUCUCCAGGAAGUAGAGCCCUGGGGUCGCCCUGAGGCUGGGGCGCUGUCCGGAGCCGUUGCUGCAUCACCCCACGGGAGAGCAGCCCCCUGGCCCCCCUUGGCCGGCCAGCCCUUCGCUGGGGGUCGAGCAAGCUGAGUACCCCUAUGGCCUCUACCAGCUUUAGAGAGAUGGUUCCAGUUGGAACAAGGGCCCGAGAAACACUAGGUCACGGCCUUCCCCCAACUUCCCCCUCUUAGGCCCAGCCACCUGCUGCUUCACGGCCAACUGUGGGCCGAGGCCCACCUCUUUGAGGCGCUUCUCCGCCAGCUCCCAUCCAGGCCAGGUGCCUCAUGCCCCCGUCUACCCGCCGGGCUCAGCACCUGGGAAGGGGGGACUCUAG